AUGAUUGCUCCUCGGUGCUUUGCUAGUCUAGCUCUGUGCAGCCUGGUCAUUGCCCAAAGCGGCGGCUCAGUCAAUAGCGUUGAGUAUUUAAGGCCGUUUGUAAAGUACCAGGAGAAAGUGGCUUAUGACAGAGCAGCUUUAGAAAGGAUGCAUCAGCGGGCAAAAAGAGCCACAGAAGAGCAUGACAAAAUCAUCCAGCUAGAAUUCCAAGCCUAUCAGAGGACAUUCAAGCUGAGGUUAAGCAGGGACACAAGUGCUUUCGCCAGAGACUUUGAGAUAACCGGCAAGGCCACCUCAGAGCCUGCAGAUGUUUCUUUCAUUUACUCUGGUGUCUUGCAAGAUGAGCCUGGAUCUUUCUGCCAUGGUGCCAUCAUCAAUGGCCUUUUCGAAGGGUUUAUCAGAACCAAGAAUGGCACCUACUACAUGGAGGCUCCUGGCGCAUCCGCCAGCAAUGCGACGUCGCCAGGCCAUGCUCUCAUCCACCAUGAGAGCGACAUUGAUUAUUCCAUUUUAGAAGAUCCAGACUCUGCUCCUUUGACUAGGAGAACACAUCAGGUCUUGCGGAAUUUCCAGCAAGAGCUAAAAUUAAAGGGAGAAACCUUGGAGAGGCAGAGAAGGAGUCUAGAUUACUCUAGGACGUCCUGCUUGCUGUACCUUCAAGCCGACUACUUGUUCUACCAAAGAUUUGGCACUAUAGAAGCAGUGAUUGCUCAGAUUGCUAGCUACAUAAAAGCUGUGAAUGCAAUUUACGAAGGUGCAAAUUUUGACGGUAUCAGGCACAUCGACUUCAAAGUGAAAACCUUCAAUAUAAUCCAGGAGAACCAUCCUUCUGGCUCUAUGGAGUCACCUUUCAUCGGCCCAGAAAUGCUGCUGAUGCUGCACUCCAGUUCCAACUGGAAUAGCUAUUGUCUCUCCUACCUCCUUACUGACAGGGAUUACAGCGGAGUUCUUGGGAUUGCUUUUAAUGGACAAGCUGGCGACUUGGGGGGGAUAUGUUCCAAGCACAGGAAAUUCCGGGACAAGGAGGUGUCUCUGAACACUGGCUUGAUCACGCUGCAGAAAUAUGGCCAAUAUUUGCCUCCUAGGAUUCUCCAUAUCACUCUGGCCCAUGAACUUGGCCACAGCCUGGGAGCUCCGCAUGAUGAAAGUGAGGAAUGCGCCCAUUUCAGCUUCGACACCACUCAUGGGAACUACCUGAUGUUCAGCUACGCCACAGACGGAUGGCAGUACAACAACGACAAAUUCUCCCCGUGCAGCAUUGAAUACAUCGGGAACAUCCUAAGAGCCAAGAAGGACAGGUGCUUUGUUGAAACUGACCGCCCCAUCUGUGGGAAUCAAAUUGUAGAUCCAGGGGAGGAAUGCGACGUGGGCAACAAUGACUCUGACCCUUGCUGCUAUGCUGCCAAGGAGCCAAACGGCAUCCGGUGUAGGCUGAAGCCAGGAGUGCAGUGCAGCUCAAGCCAGGGCCUGUGCUGCAGCCAUGAAUGUGUCUAUAAACUCCAAGGGGAGCUCUGCCACGAGGAGACGGAUUGCACCUUUGAGAGCACCUGCUCUGGGCGAACAGCUGAAUGCGCCGCUCCCCUUCCCAAAGCCAAUUACACUCUCUGCAGCAUGGGGACACGGAUCUGCUUAAAUGGGCUCUGCCUCGGAUCCCUCUGCGUCAAGCACGGCCUGGAGCAAUGCGACUGCGUUAGCACGUCCAGGCGGGAGAAAUGCCACCUCUGCUGCCAGCAGCCAGGCCAAGUGCACACAUGUGCCAGUACAGCCUCUGCUCUGCUGGAGCGUUACUUCAACGGCACACACAUCCCGCUGACCCCCGGCACGCCCUGCAGGGACAGGAUGGGCUACUGCGAUAAGUUUCACGUCUGUCGGCUCGUGGACGAAGACGGACCCAUAGCCAGGGUGAAGAACUCCAUCUUGGAUUUCAUCGAGCUGGAGGAUACAUCAGCCUGGAUGAAGACACACUGGUGGGCUGUGCUCUUGAUGAUCCUGACUUUGGCAGCUGUGAUGGCCGGCACCGUCUUCCUCUUCGGAAGGACGCUCGACAGCGAAAAAGAAGAGAAAAGCGUGAAGUGCACGGUCAAGAAGAACUCACUCAGCCAGCAACCUGAGAAAAGGCGAACAUUAAUAUACUGGGAACACGAGGAGCUCUACGUUGAAACAACACACCAGGAGUACGAGACCAUAAUAUAG